GAAAGAGACGUCAACCCAAUUGAAAGCCACACCGGGCACCGGCAGGGUCGUAAAGGGCUGAGGCGGUGACAGUCCACCGGCCACGGGGUGGUCAACAAGUUAUGAGUUAUGACGGCAUCUGAUUCCCGCCUACGAAAACACAAGUAAGGAUUCUGCGGUAACCACUCCCCGGCGGCGAGCUAAUUUCCUCCAGCGCGGGAAGCGAGUGAAACGAAAAUGGAAGCUGACAAGCAAGAGUUCCUCUACGAAUUUGGCGACAGUUACGGCUACCCCGACGGUCCUAGAGGCAUCGAUGAAAUACGCGCCGCUGAGUUCAAGCGAUUGGAUGAAAACGGAGGUCUUGUGUACUUGGACCACGCCGGAGCGACUCUGUACUCCGAGCUGCAGAUGGAGCGAGUUUUCAAGGAUCUCGCCGCUAAUGUUUAUGGAAAUCCACAUAGCCAAAGCGAUAGUAGCUCUGCAACUGCGGACGCUGUGAGGGAAGCGCGCCAGCAGGUACUUGAUUACUUCAAUGCGUCCCCGAAGGAUUACAAGUGUAUAUUCACGUCUGGGGCUACAGCAGCGCUAAAGCUCGUAGGGGAGGCCUUUCCAUGGAGUGGUAGCAGUAGUUACAUGUACACCAUGGAAAAUCACAAUAGUGUGCUUGGGAUCAGAGAAUAUGCUCUCAGUCGAGGAGCUGCAGCUUUUGCAGUUGAUGUUGAAUGUCCUGAGCCCUUGGACGUUGGAUCAACGAGCCCAUCUUCCUCAUUUGAAUUCUCACUUCAUCCUGUACAAAGGAGGAACGAAAUUAGACAUAUGGAUGGAGGCUCCGGAGGCAAGUGCUAUGAUGUGUUUAACUUAUUUUCCUUCCCUUCCGAGUGCAAUUUCUCCGGCAUGAGAUUCAACCUUGAUUUGGUGAAGCUCAUUAAGGAAGAUUCACAAAGAAUUUUAAGGGGUUCUCCAUAUGGCAAUAGGGGUCGCUGGAUGGUCUUGAUAGAUGCUGCAAAAGGAUGUUCAACUGAACCGCCGGAUUUGUCCAAGUGUCCUGCUGAUUUUGUUGCAAUAUCGUUCUAUAAGUUGUUUGGUUAUCCAACUGGACUUGGUGCUCUCAUUGUUCGUAAUGAUGCUGCCAAGCUACUGAAGCCGACCUAUUUCAGUGGAGGGACAGUUGCGGCAUCAUUUGCUGAUUUGGAUUUUGUGAAAAGAAGAGAAAAUAUCGAAGAGCUUUUCGAGGAUGGCACUACCUCAUUUUUAAGCAUAGCAUCGAUACAGCAUGGCUUCAAGAUCCUGAAGUCCUUAACUGUUACUGGGAUACGCCGGCAUACGGCAUCACUAACCAUGUAUACUAAGAAAAUGCUUUUGGCCUUGCGACAUGUAAAUGGAGCUAUUGUCUGCACGGUUUAUGGAAAUCAUGCUUCAAAGGUGCCUUGUCAUGCGUCAGGUCCUACUGUAUCAUUCAACUUGAAAAGGCAAGAUGGUUCAUGGGUUGGUUAUCGUGAGGUUGAGAAAUUGGCUACGUUGUCUGGAAUUCAGCUACGGACAGGAUGUUUUUGCAACCCAGGCGCAUGUGCCAAGUAUCUUGAGUUGUCUCACCUGGAUCUUCUCUCGAACUUGGAGGCUGGACAUGUGUGCUGGGAUGAUCAUGACUUAAUAAAUGGAAAACCUACAGGAGCUGUUAGAAUAUCAUUUGGUUACAUGUCAACUUAUGAAGAUGCGAAGAAAUUCAUUGACUUCAUCAAAGGUUCAUUUGUAUCCACACAAAUUAGUAUUGGAAAUGGGCAUCUGUUAACGACAAGGGCCUUCUCAUUCUCAAGUGAAGGUGGUCAAAAACGAUUUCCAUCUGCUGUUUAUCAACUAAAGUCCAUUACUGUUUACCCCAUUAAAUCAUGUGCCGGAUUCAGUGCUGAAUGUUGGCCGCUGAGUAGUACUGGUCUGCGUCAUGAUAGGGAAUGGCUUAUUAGAAGUAUAACCGGGGAAGUUUUGACUCAGAAAAAGGUUCCUGAAAUGUGUUUAAUCAGUACUUUCCUUGACCUCAAGCAAGGAAAAAUGAUUGUAGAGUCGCCUCGGUGCAGAGAUAAGUUGCAGAUUACCCUCAAUACAGAUUCAAGCCUUGUCCCAACAGAAGAAAUUGAGUUGCAUGCUCAGAGAUGUACAGUUCAUCACUACGAUAACGAUGUCAACCAAUGGUUUACUAUUGCCAUUGGCCGUCCGUGUACGCUGUUACGAUCUUCUGGUUCAAACAACACCAAAACCUCAGGUGUGUGUCGGGAAGUGAAUGCUAGAACUAACUUCCCAAACGAGGCACAAUUCUUGUUGAUAUCAGAGGAGAGCAUAUCCGACCUCAACACAAGGUUAAGCUCGGGUGCACUGAAGGCAGCCCAUGGUUCACCAGUUCAGGUGACUCCCACAAGGUUUCGGCCUAACCUUGUGGUAUCCGGAGGCAAACCUUACGCUGAAGAUGGAUGGACGAGCCUCCAAAUAGGAAAUGCACAUUUUACAUCGAUUGGUGGAUGCAACCGUUGCCAGAUGAUCAAUCUCGGCCAUCAGUCUGGACAAGUCCAGAGGACUAAGGAACCAUUGGCAACACUAGCUUCGUACAGAAGAGUGAAGGGGAAGAUCCUGUUUGGUAUACUGCUGAGGUACGAGUCCGGAGAUGACGAGGAGAACGUGAAGCAUGAUGAUUCGUGGCUUCAAGUAGGUCAAGAAGUCCUUCCAAAUUCAUCAUAGCGGCCCUCCCAUUAGGACGAUACCCGAUGGCUCGUUCUCCAUCAUGCAGUUCCCACGGUGCUGAAAACAUCUAACCCGUCCUAAAUCUGCAUAUACUAACUACAGCAGUUCAAAGAAUGAAUCAAAGGUGAAAGAAAGAGCAUAGUCAACUGACGAGACACGUCAACUUUGUAUUGUUAGAAUCGAUCUGGGAGGCAAUUAGUAGCUUCACAGAACUUCCUCUCUUCGUUCCUAUUUGUGUACAAGAUGUACCUAAACGUUGUGUCCAUAAUCUCUGGUGGUGUUUGCUUUGUCCAAGUCGUGAGUUAGGGUCACAUGGACGGUAAAACUCUCAACUCUCGCUCGCUGUUAAAGCAUCGUUCUGUUCCCUGAACCUGCUUUGUAUGUAUGUAUGCAUCCAAGACUUGUGGUUUAUGUUUCGAAGAAGAGUUUCUUGUCAA